AUGACUCGAAAAGUCGCAUCAAUCCUGGUCUCUAGCCUGUUAUUGCUCCUUAACGCAACCCGGUCUCAAGCUCAACCAGUACCGACAGGUGCUAGUGGCAAGCGUCCUUUUCCCUACGACGAUGAGCUCUCCAGUCUGACAGGGCCCAAUCCCAUACUCUCUACCCAGUACUCUCUAGGGCACGGUUCGGUUUCACAAUGGAACCAUCCUCCCCUCGCCGAGCCUUACAAUUGGCAAGCAUCGUAUCCACACGGCCGGCUCAACACUGCCGGAGCUGAUUCUAUCAAAGACGUGUGGUGGUCGCAACACUGUUCCGACCUUCCUGAAGCCGGGUCCUACAAUGAACUACUUCAUCAUGCCAGUGUCUUCGACGAAGAUCAGCAGAGUGCUGACGAGCACCACGAGGAGCACAGCAGGCAGUACUUACCAGUUGGCAUGCCCGAAUACGGCGAAAAUGAAACCCAGGGUUCUGUCCACGGCCAGAUUCAGCAGCCCGUUCAGAAAAAGUUUGACGGAAGGAGGAGGCCUAUUCUUAGUGAUAAAGAACGCGCUACACUUCCCCCAGAGGUCUUGUCUCUCCUUGAUCAAGCUCCCGAUGAACAAGACAGCAAGGAUCACUUCAUCACCCUACGGCGUUAUCUCACUCGUAUCAUAAAUGCCCGGAGAAAGCAACGACAAAUGGUUGCUCAAGAGCAAGGCCGUGUUCCAUCGCAGUCGGGAAAGGGCAAACGCUCAGAGAAGCUCAUGGCAGACGCUCGCGAUGGAGAGAAGAUUCUCACAAUAGUCAUCGACGGUGAACUUUGCAUCAUUACACCGACGACAUACUCGUCAUUGCCUCUCAAACAAACGCGCCGGAAAAAGGCGUGA